UAUGACCAGAUGACUGUACAGUAGCUGUGUGGCUUAUUUUUGUUUGUUGUGCAUUUCGGGAGAAUGAAAUUUCGAUUGGACAGAACAGCAGUGUGUGAUUACCAACGGGGGAGCCACAGUGAAGUAACAGUUGCCUGUGUGCGUGUAUACUCUUUGCCUCUACUUUGAACCAGUUGCCGUUUUCACGCCAGUGCCUCCUGCUGAUCCUUGUCGAUGAUUAUCGGAUCAGAGAAGUGAAUGCAUGCAGUCGAACCAAGAGAGCUUGUUCAAUCAAAUCCGUGCGGAGUUCUAGACUUUGCAAGUCUUCUCACUUUGGGCAUGGCCCGAGUGUGCCUUCGCGGCUCUUGCUUCACUCCUAUCUGAAACUAUAGAUUUUCUCGUCUUGUCUCUUCAAGAUCCGAAGAGCCGUGCCCGACUGUAUGAGUCUGUGUGUCGAUGUGCUGAGUUUGAUGCCGUUUCUGGUUUCGGAGCCAAUGACAACAGCUGUCUAGAGAGUUGGUUAGUGUGUAUUGGAUUGUGUGUGUUUGACAUCGUGGUAGCUCACCUACCAGCAAGAUGAACCACAAUGGAGAGAAGCCUGUGCGAAAAACCAUGUCGGCGGGUGCCAAUUCAACUUACUCCGUAAGCAUCGACCAUGGUACGCAGAAUGGACUGAAAGCGCCUGACACUGAUAGCUUGGGUCUAGUUCCUGACUUGGUCGUUGGUGAGGAAGAAGGCAACGGAGUGAGAGUCCCAGGAAUGAUGGACAUGAUACAGAAAAACAGUGGCUCCUCGCCCGCGGAUCGGUGGCGCAAACUGUCCAUUGGUGCAGUAUCGGUGCAGGAUGAUACCAUAUCCCAAUGUGGCUCGAUCUCGUCUGGGGUCAGCAGCAACGCGCCGACAACGUCUUUUUACGACUCAUCAAGAUCGGUGACCUGCAGGCGAACCCUCCGUGGUCUUCAGCGUAGUAUACCUGGAACGGACACACGGCUUAGCAACUCCAGCAGGCCCAGCAUAACGGAUGAGACGAUGGAUGACGCUGUUGGUAUGGGUCAGGUGAAGGCGACGCAGAGUGUUGCUGACCUGGUCCAGUCUGGAGUGCUGCCUGUUCUCACUGUCGAGAGCAAGAUUACGUCGGAACAACUCGAGCGCAUGAAGAGUAGGCGGAAGAAGGAGACCAAAGGAAGCAGGUCUGACAGCAUCUCAAAGUCUAAAAAGUCCAGUGUUAAAAUGCCCAGCAAGAACGACAUUGACAGGCGCUUUAAUGCAAUCCUGGAAGCCCUUGAUUUACCGGAAGAAUCGCUUGCUCAGCUCAAGGUCUGUUCAUUGGAAAAGAAAUGGCAGAUGAUCUGUGAUCAUUCGUCGAAAGAAGAGGACUCCACCCAUACACCACGUUUCUUCACUGAGAAGCUCUGGGCGGUCAUUGCCAACAAGAACUUCAAGGAUACAAGUGCCCUGGUGAAACGCAUCGACGUUAUCCUGCGCAGUACCCAAAUCAAUUGGCUGAAUGUGUUCCUCUCGCCAGCUGUCAACGGCCUCAACGCUAUUGUGUCUUUGCUGGAAAACAUGCAAAUGGCAAUCAAAACGGAGCGGUCCAAACGAAAGCAUACGACGGAUGAGAAGUCUGCUUUGGCAUUCCAGGAAGCCAAUGCGAAGAUGGAGCGAAGUCGUAGUCGCAGCACCAUCAAGCCCAUGACACGGAAAAUGCCAUCACACGUGCCGCCUAUGGGAACACCGCCGCCAACACGCCAGAAGACAUUACGUAUGGGCCGGAAGAAGAAGACGGACAAGAGAGUGGACAUUGGCGAACUGUCCUUGCACUUCGACUAUCAAACUCUAGCCCAUGACAUUGUCCUGUUGCUGCGCACUAUGAUGAACUCCGAGGUUGGAUUCAUGACCGUUGCUGAACACAAGUCUGCUAUCAACUACAUUGCAGCGUGUCUCUUUGACACUCAGCCUAAAACACAAAUUGUGGUGUUGGAGAUGUUGACGGCCGUGUGUAUGCUGGAGAAUUUUCACCUGCAUGUUGUGGAAUCUAUGGACUUCUGCAGAAAGGCGUUCCGUGAAGAUUUCCGGUUUCAGCGGCUGGUUCAGUCAAUGAAGGAUCCACCUCAGGUCAACACAAACGCGUAUCUCAUUUCAUUGCUGAAUUUCUUCAACAUCAUAGUCCACGCUGCACCGAAUGUGAACUUCCGUGUUCACUUGCAGUAUGACCUGUCUGCGCUAGGCUUUGACGAAUGUCUCGGGGACUUGUUACAAUGUAUGGAUCUGGAUCCCCUAGUCCACAAACAGGUCAACGCCUACGUCGACAACUUCUUUGAUGUCCAGUCACUGCUGGAAAAUUUGGACAAUCCGAAUUAUGGCAAGUUCUCCAAUACCGCCGAGUAUCAAAUGGAAAACGAGAGACUGAAAGAAGAGCUGCAGGACACGGAAACACGCUAUGUGGCGAAGAUUGCUGAGCUUGAGGACAGUAUUCGUGACAUGAGAAGAACUAUCGAACUUCUCACGGAAACGGAGCAGCGCAUAUCACGUCAAACAUCGGAUGAAAGCAUUCUCAGGCACAACACCAUGGGCCAGGCGACUAACAGCAGCAAUGAGCUACUGUCACCACAGCCUACACGUUUGCCUCGCCAAUCCAAAACAAGUGUGUCCAGCGAUGGUGAAGACUCACCCACCCUUGACGUAGGAACUACUAACAAAACUGAAGGGGACAAGGCUGAGGCUGCUGGAGACACAUCCCCGUCAGCCAAACCGACUGGUGCUGAAGGUGAUGCGACCAAGACUCCUGAAAGUAGUACUAAUACCUCAGUCGCAGGCUCAACGUCAGCUGAAGGUGUCGCCGGUAAGGGUGACGAGCCAGCGCAGCUUCCUAAGCCGAUAUCAAGCGCACCGCCUCCGCCCAUCUUACCACCUCCACCGCCGCCUCCAGACAUGGCUGGUGGUGCUCUCCCUCCACCUCCACCGGCUUUUGGCAAGCCACCAUCAGCAAAGAGAGUCAUCAAGAGCAAGUACAAGAUGCCGGCCCUCAACUGGCAAGUGAUUCGCUCCACUACCUGGGAGUCUACAAUCUUCGCCAGUGCAGAUGCAGAUUUCUACAAGAAAUGGGAUAUGGAGGCGUUUGAGGAGAAGUUCAAACUGAAGAACCAGCCCAACUCAGAUGGAGGAGACAAGACACCGAAGAAGUUCACCCCGCAAAUAGUCAAGACAGCCAAGAUCCUCGACACCAAUCUCUGCAGAAAUAUCGGCAUCAUCCAGCGGAAACUGGGUAUGAGUGGCAGAGAGCUGGCUGAGAAAAUCAAUACGUACUCAGCAUCACCAGAUCAUGCAGAUCUGCUUGGUCAGUUGCUCAAGAUGAUACCCACGGAUUCUGAGAUUCAAAAAUUGGAGCGUCAUGACAAGAACAAUACGACCAAGACGCUAGCAGAUGAAGAAAUGUUCAUGCUAGAGCUCUAUCGCAUACCCCGCUAUCCAGCCAAGCUGCGUGUAAUGGUGUAUAUGCUCAACUUCAAGGACAUUGUGGACUUCAUUCAGCCGCAACUGCAAUCAGUGUAUGUAGCGUGUAGCUCAAUUCUCAGCAGUCCUUCUCUCAAGAGGAUCUAUGAGCUGGUAUUGACAAUUGGUAACUUGUCCAAUAGCAGUAGAAGAGGCUGGACAACAGGUUUCCAGGUUGCUUCUUUGGACCAGCUGAAGACCAUGAAAUCCACGGACGGCACGAUGAAUCUGAUGAACUACUUAGCUAAGUACAUGGCUGACAAGAAGGAGUACAGCAAUAUUCACAAUGAACUGGUCGGCCUGGAACGUGGCAGUAAUGUUGUCCUAUCACAGAUGUCUAGUGAGAUCUCACAGCUUGUCAGUGGUCUGUUGCUUUUGCGUGCCGAGGACAAGAAGGACAGCUCGCAUUGCAAAGACCUCGCCGUGUUCGUGGAGAAUGCUAAGCAGGUUGUGCCAGACAUUGAGCGACUAUACAGCCGGGCUCAGGAAUCGUUUGGUGAGGUCAUUGUCUAUCUUGGUGAAACACCCAAGAACCAGAACCCGUCUGAAAUUCUGGGACCGUUAUCACGUCUUGUCAGAAAUCUACUGACUGCAAAGAAAGAGAAUGAGCAAUCCCAAAAGAAGGCUGAAGAGGCAGCCAAGAAGAAGGAUGUGAUCAGGGCACACAACGCAACGGCUGAAAAGCUGAACGAGGUGCUCAAGAAGGGAAUGUCACCAAUGUCCAAACCGGUUGCACGAGAUCGUCCUGGAAAUUCUUCUAGCUUCAUGGAUGAUAUGCUCAACGCAAGCAAGACGGUGGCAUAUCGUGCUGAUAUCAAGGCUGGCCGAUGAACGAAAAUUCUUGGGUGCAUUCUCUGCCGAAAACCCGGAGCAAGUGCCAUCACCAUGUCCGUCCGUGUGUAUGUGUGCCUGUUUAUGCUCUUGUGCUUGUGGUCAUCAUCAGCUGCUUCUAUCCAGCAAUCUGCUAGGGUGCAGUACACAUUUUAUUCAUCGGCUGCAGAGGCUGUCCGGUUUCAUUAUUCGCAGCACUGUGGCGAAUAUAUACGUCUUCACGUUGCUGCCGUCAGUAUGAAUGGAGACAUGUAAUUGCAGGCUAUUCACUACUUGAUCAGGCUAGCAGUACGGAUGUGUAUGCACCACACAGCACCAUUGUUGAGACUGACUUGGUAGCUGUGCCCUAUGGACAACACAUACACACACAUGGUCCCAUGUGUCAUCAAAGACAGCAGAUCCUCCUGUUGUCUUUGGCGUAGUCGUUGCGGUUGUCAUUGCAGUGUCUUGCUGACAUGGAGUGUUAUCCUCUGCGUCGUCGUUGACGUGUUUGUGACUGGCUCCUCAUCGUCAUGAUCGUCUUGUUAGUCAAUGUUGCGACGAUAACUGUUGAUGGCUCUGCG